AUGGCCGAAUCCCCUGGCUGCUGCUUUGUCUGGGCCCGCUGCUUCCACUGCCUGUACAGCUGCCACUGGAAGAAAUGCCCCAAAGAUAGGAUGCAAACCAACAAGUGCGAAUGCGUCUGGUUCGGCUUGCUCUUCCUCACCUUCCUCCUGUCCCUGGGCUGGCUGUACGUCGUGCUCAUCCUUCUCAAUGACCUGCACAACUUCAAUGAAUUCCUAUUCCAGCACUGGGGGCACUGGAUGGACUGGUCCCCAGCAUUCCUGCUGGUCAUCUCUCUACUGGUCACAUACGCAUCCCUGCUCUUGCUCCUGGCCCUGCUCCUGCAGCUCUGUGGCCAGCCUCUAUGUCUGCACACCGUCCACAAGGUGCUGCUGCUCCUCAUCAUAUUUCUUGUGGCUGCUGGCCUUGUGGGACUGGAGGUCCAGUGGCGGGAGGAGUGGCAUAGCUUACGUCUGUCACUGCAGGCCACAGCCCCAUUCCUUCACAUUGGAGCAGCUGCUGGCAUCACCCUCCUGGCCUGGCCUGUGGCUGAUACCUUCUACCAUAUCCAUCGAAGAGGUCCCAAGAUCCUGCUACUGCUCCUAUAUUUUGGAGCCACCCUGGGCAUCUACCUGGCGCCCCUAUUCAUCUCCUCAGCCUGUAUCAUGGAACCCAAAGACCUACCACACAAGCCUAAGUUGAUAGGACACCGAGGGGCCCCCAUGCUGGCCCCCGAGAACACCCUGAUGUCCCUGCGGAAGACAGCUGAAUGUGGAGCUGUUGUGUUUGAGACCGACGUGAUGGUCAGCUCCGAUGGGAUCCCCUUUCUCAUGCAUGAUGAGCGCCUGACCAGGACCACAGAUGUGGCCUCUGUGUUCCCAGACCAAGUCAACAGCCACAGCAGUAACUUCUCCUGGGCUGAACUGAAGAGGCUCAAUGCUGGGGCCUGGUUCCUUCAGAGGCAACCUUUCUGGGGGGCUAAGCAGCUGUCAGGCCAUGAUCGAGAAGAUGCUGAGAAUCAAACAGUGCCAUCCUUGGAAGAGAUACUGAAGGAAGCUGCAGGCCUCAACCUUUCUAUCAUAUUUGACCUGCGCCGCCCCCCAGGAAACCACACAUAUCAUGACAGUUUUGUCAACCAGACAUUGGAGACUGUGCUGAGUUCAGGAGUGCCCCAAGCCAUGGUCCUUUGGCUACCGGAUGAAGAUCGGGCUUAUGUCCAAGAAAGAGCCCCCCAAAUGCGCCAGAUAUAUGGACAUCUGGAAGGCCAUGGCACUGAGAAUCCCCAGUAUCUCAACCUCCCCUAUCAAGACCUGCCACUGUUGGAUAUCAAGGCACUGCACCAUGAUAAUGUCUCGGUGAACCUAUUUGUAGUGAACAAGCCCUGGCUCUUCUCCCUACUCUGGUGUGCAGGGGUGGAUUCAGUCACCACCAACGACUGCCAGCUGCUGCAGCAGAUGCGUUACCCUGUCUGGCUUAUUCCUGCUCGAACCUACCUGAUAAUAUGGAUCGUUACCAAUUGUGUCUCCAUCCUGCUGCUUUUGUGGACUUUCCUCCUACAACAGAGGUGUGCUAAGGAGAGACAGAGAACCGGGCUAGAGACAGCAGUGCUGCUGACCAGGAUCAACAAUUUCAUAAGGGAGUGA